AUGAGUGACGCAGACAAGUUCCUGUAUGGGGACCGCAGCGGUAUAAGCGACCCGCUAGCUCAGGCCGACUGGGCUAGCAAAAAGCAAGUAUGGGUUCCUUCAGAGAGGCUGGGCUUUGAGGCCGGCUCCGUCAAGGAGGAGCUCGGCGAGGAAUGCGUGGUGGAGCUGAGCGACUCGGGCAAAAAGGUAAAAAUCAACAAGGACGACAUCCAGAAGAUGAACCCGCCCAAGUUCAACAAGGUGGAGGACAUGGCCGAGCUCACCUGCCUCAACGAGGCCUCAGUGCUACACAACCUCAAAGAACGAUAUUAUUCCGGACUCAUCUAUACGUACUCAGGCCUCUUCUGCGUCGUGGUUAACCCAUACAAGCACCUGCCCAUCUACUCAGAGGAAAUCAUCAACAUGUAUAAGGGAAAGAAGAGGCAUGAGAUGCCACCUCACAUUUACGCCAUCACUGACACGGCCUACAGGAGCAUGAUGCAGGAUCGUGAGGAUCAGUCCAUCCUUUGCACUGGCGAGUCUGGAGCUGGCAAAACUGAGAAUACUAAGAAGGUCAUUCAGUAUCUGGCCCACGUCGCUUCAUCUUCCAAGUCCAAGAAGGAUCAGGGCAGCACAGUUCUGUCACAUGGGGAGCUGGAAAAGCAGCUACUACAGGCUAACCCCAUUCUGGAGGCCUUUGGUAAUGCCAAGACCGUCAAGAAUGACAACUCCUCUAGAUUUGGAAAAUUUAUCAGGAUCAACUUUGAUGUGAAUGGAUAUAUCGUUGGAGCCAACAUCGAAACUUACCUGCUGGAAAAGUCUCGGGCUAUCAGACAAGCCCAAGAAGAGAGAAGCUUCCAUAUUUUCUACUACCUGUUGACUGGCGCAGGAGACAAGCUACGCUCUGAGUUAUGUCUGGAAGACUACAGCAAGUACCGCUUCCUGUCUAACGGCAACGUGACAAUUCCUGGACAGCAGGACAAGGACAUGUUCUUAGAAACCACGGAUGCCUUCCAAAUCAUGAGCAUCCCAGAAGAGGAAAGAAUUGGCCUGUUGAAGGUGGUCUCCGCUGUGCUACAGUUGGGGAACAUGACUUUCAAAAAAGAGCGCCACUCUGACCAGGCAUCAAUGCCGGAUGACACCGCCGCACAGAAAGUGUCUCACCUACUCGGCAUCAAUGUGACCGACUUCACUAGAGCCAUCUUGUCACCGCGAAUCAAGGUGGGACGUGAUUAUGUUCAGAAAGCUCAGACCCAGGAGCAGGCUGAAUUUGCUGUGGAGGCCUUGGCCAAGGCGUCAUACGAGAGGAUGUUCCGCUGGUUGGUGAUGAGGAUCAACAAAGCAUUGGACAAGACCAAGAGGCAAGGCGCCUCCUUUAUUGGCAUCCUGGACAUUGCCGGAUUUGAGAUCUUUGAGUUGAACUCAUUUGAGCAGCUGUGCAUCAACUACACUAACGAGAAGCUGCAGCAGCUCUUCAACCACACCAUGUUCGUUCUGGAGCAGGAAGAGUACCAGAGAGAGGGCAUAGAUUGGAGCUUCAUCGACUUUGGCCUUGACCUGCAACCUUGCAUUGACCUCAUUGAGAAACACUCUGGACCUCCUGGCAUUUUGUCUCUGCUGGAUGAGGAGUGCUGGUUCCCCAAGGCCACUGACAAGAGCUUUGUGGAGAAGGUGGUUCAGGAGCAAGGAACACACCCCAAGUUCCAGAAACCCAAGAUGCUCAAAGAUGACGCUGACUUCUGCGUUAUCCACUAUGCUGGGAAGGUGGACUACAAAGCGGACGCAUGGCUAAUGAAAAACAUGGAUCCUCUGAAUGAGUGUGUGGCCACGUUGCUUAACCAGUCCACUGACAAGUUUACGGCUGACCUGUGGAGAGAUGUCGAUCGUAUUGUGGGCCUCGAUAAGGUGGCAGGAAUUUCGGACUCCAUGCAUGGUGCAUUUAAAACCCGGAAAGGCAUGUUUCGCACGGUGGGCCAGUUAUACAAGGAGCAGCUGGGGAACCUGAUGACCACUCUCAGAAACACCAAUCCCAAUUUUGUCCGCUGCAUCAUACCCAAUCAUGAGAAGAAGGCUGGUAAACUGGAGCCUCACCUGGUUCUGGACCAGCUGAGGUGUAAUGGAGUCUUGGAGGGGAUCCGUAUCUGCAGACAGGGUUUCCCCAACCGCAUUGUCUUCCAGGAAUUCAGACAGAGGUAUGAAAUCCUCACUCCAAAUGCCAUCCCAAAGGGCUUUAUGGAUGGGAAGCAAGCCUGCGUGCUCAUGAUCAAGGCACUGGAGUUGGACCCCAACCUGUAUCGCAUCGGUCAGAGUAAAGUGUUCUUCAGAGCCGGCGUCCUGGCUCACCUGGAGGAGGAGAGAGACUUGAAGAUCACAGACGUCAUCAUCAGCUUCCAGGCCUGGUGCCGAGGAUACGUGGCCCGCAAAGCCUUCGCCAAGAGACAGCAACAGUUGACGGCUAUGAAAGUGAUCCAGAGGAACUGUGCUGCUUACCUCAAACUCAGGAAUUGGCAGUGGUGGAGACUUUUCACCAAGGUGAAGCCACUGCUACAAGUUAGUCGGCAGGAGGAGGAGAUGUUGGCCAAGGACGAGGAGCUGCAGAAGAUCAAAGAGAGGCAGUUGCAGGCUGAGGAACAGCUUCAACAAUAUGAGGGCAAGCUACACCAGCUGAACGCCGAUAAACUGGCACUCCAAGAGCAGCUCCAGGCCGAGACGGAACUGUGUGCAGAAGCCGAGGAAACCCGAGCCCGCUUUGCCACCCAGAAGCAGGAGCUGGAGGAGAUCCUCCACGACAUGGAAGCUCGCCUGGAAGAGGAGGAGGAGCGCAUUGAGCAGAUGCAGUCUGAAAGGAAGAAGAUGCAGCAGAACAUUAGUGAACUUGAGCAGCAACUGGAUGAGGAGGAAGCAACUAGACAGAAGCUUCAGAUGGAGAAGGUCACCACUGAUGCUAAACUGAAAAAAAUUGAGGAUGACAUGAUGGUGCUGGAUGACCAAAAUAACAAGCUCAACAAGGAGAAGAAACUUAUGGAGGAGAGGAUUUCAGAGUUCACAACCAACUUGGCUGAGGAGGAGGAAAAGUCGAAAAGCUUGCAGAAACUGAAGAAUAAACACGAGGCCAUGAUCACGGAUUUGGAGGAUCGUCUAAGAAAGGAGGAGAAAAUGCGUCAGGAGCUGGAGAAGAAUCGUCGUAAACUUGAAGGUGACUCAACAGACCUCAAUGACCAGAUUUCAGAACUUCAAGCCCGCAUUGCUGAACUUGAGGCUCAGCUAGCCAAGAAAGAGGAGGAGCUGCUGAAUGCACUGGCAAAGAUUGAAGAGGAAGCCGCCGCCAAGAAUACUGCCCAGAAGAAGAUUCGAGAACUGGAAGCUCAAAUCUCUGAGCUGCAGGAGGAUCUAGAGCUGGAGAGACAAGGGCGCAACAAAGCUGAGAAGCUGCGGAGGGAUCUGGGCGAGGAGUUGGAAGCUCUCAAGACUGAGUUGGAGGACACGUUGGACUCUACUGCAGUACAGCAGGAGCUCAGGUCCAAACGUGAGACGGAGGUUGCACAACUCAAGAAGACUUUAGAGGACGAGGCCAAGGCCAACGAGCAGCUGAUGGCCGACAUGAGACAGAAACACAACCAGGCUUUUGACGAGCUCAAUGAGCAGCUUGAACAAGCCAAACGGAACAAGAUGUCGGUGGAGAAAUCAAAGCAGGCACUAGAGAGCGAGUGGAACGAGGUGCAGAUCGAGCUGAAGACCCUGACGCAAAGCAAAUCCGAUUCCGAGCACCGUCGGAAGAAGGCAGAAGCCCAAGUUCAGGAGCUUCAGGUCAAAUUUGGUGACAGUGAGCGGCAGAGGCAGGAAAUGGCUGACAAGAUGGCCAAAAUGCAGUCUGAGCUGGACAAUGUCAACAGCCUACUGACUGAAGCAGAGGGCAAGAAUAUCAAAUCCAGCAAAGACCUUUCUUCAACAGAGUCUCAGCUGCAGGAUACACAGGAGCUGCUUCAAGAAGAGACUCGUCAGAAGCUUAACUUAUCAACACGCUUACGGCAGCAGGAGGAGGAGCAAAGCAACCUACGCGAGAUGCUGGAGGAAGAGGAGGAGGCCAAGAGGAACAUGGAAAAGCAGGUCUCCUCGCUUCAAGUCCAGUUGAGUGACAUGAAGAAGAAGUUGGAUCAGGAGCUGGCAAACGUGGAAAGCGCGGAGGAGGCUCGCAAGCGUGUCCAGCGUGACGCCGACUCGUUUCAGCAGCAGCUGGAAGAGAAGACGGCCGCCUACGACAAACUCGAGAAAACCAAAACCCGUUUGCAGCGGGAGCUGGAAGACCUCCUGGUGGAUCAGGACAACCUGAGACAGGUGGUCUCCAACCUGGAAAGGAAGCAGAAGAAGUUUGACCAGAUGCUGGCUGAGGAGAAGACAAUCUCCACGAAGUACGCCGAGGAGCGUGACAAGGCUGAAGCUGACGCCAGGGAGAAGGACACACGGGCGCUUACGCUGGCCCGCGAACUGGAGACCAUGAGCGAACUGAAGGAUGAGUUGGAUCGGGGCAACAAGUUGCUCAAAGCAGAGAUGAAUGACUUGGUCUCUUCCAAGGAUGAUGUGGGCAAAAGUGUUCACGAGCUGGAGCGGUCCAAGCGUGCCAUGGAGCAGCAACUGGAAGAGAUGAGGCUUCAGUUGGAGGAGCUAGAGGAUGAGCUGCAGUCCACUGAGGACGCCAAGCUGCGUCUGGAGGUCAACAUGCAGGCCAUGAAAGCCCAAUUUGAGCGGGACCUGCAAGCCAGAGAUGAGCAGGGCGAGGAAAGGAGGAAGCAGCUGGUCAAGCAGGUUUGUGGGAUGGAAGUGGAGCUGGAGGAUGAACGUAGGCAGCGCUCUCAGGCACUGUCCUCCAAGAAGAAGAUGGAGAUGGACCUGGCUGAUCUUGCAAACCAGAUCGAUGUCCUCAGCAAGAGCCGGGAUGAGGCUAACAAACAGCUCAAGAGGCUGCAGACCCAGAUGAAAGAGCAACUGCGAGAGCUCGAGGACGUGCGCAUGGCCAGAGAUGAAUCGGUCAGUGUGGCAAAGGAGAUUGAGAGGAAGCUGAAGGGCAUGGAAGCAGAUGCCCUGCGCUACCAGGAGGAUCUAGCCACUGCUGAGAGACUCAAGAGACAAAUCCAGAUGGAGAGAGAUGAGCUACAGGAGGAGAUUAACAACGGCAACACUAAAAAUUCUCUGCUGACUGAAGAAAAGAGGAGACUGGAGGCUCGCAUAUCCCAGUUGGAGGAAGAUCUGGAGGAGGAGCUGCUCAACACAGAGAUGGUCAACGAGCGUCUGAAGAGAACCACAUUACAGAUGGAGCAGCUGACUACAGAGCUUAGUUCACAGCACAGCAGUGUCCAGCUUCUGGAGGGCACUCGUUCCCAGCUGGACCGCCAGAACAAGGAGCUAAAGCUGAAGCUACAGGAGCUUGAAAGCACCAUCAAGUCCAAGUACAAGUCCUCCAUCGCCUCACUGGAGGCAAAGAUUGCUCAAUUGGAGGAGCAGCUCGAUAUCGAGUCAAAGGAGCGCCAGCAAGCUUCCCGGCUGGUUAGGCGAACGGAGAAGAAGCUGAAGGAGACAUUGCUGCAGGUUGAAGAUGAGCGGCGCUGCGCAGAGCAGUAUAAGGAUCAGGCCGACAAGACCAACAACAGAAUGCGUCAGCUGAAGCGUCAGCUGGAGGAGGCUGAGGAGGAGGUGACCCGAGCCAACGCCUACCGUAGGAAAUUGCAGAGGGAUUUGGACGACGUCACAGAGUCUGCAGACGCGAUGAACCGAGAGGUCAGCAGUCUGAAGAGCAAGCUCAGGCGUGGAGACAUCCAUUUGAACAUCCGCCGCACCAUGAAUCGCACAGGACUGGAUAGCGACGAGGACGUGGAUGGGGCCACCGACACGUCCGAGCCGGCAGCUGAGUGA